GCAAGAGCGAUAACUCUAAUUUCAGGGCGAUCAGAAAUCCUGAACUGUGGAGAAGACAGGUUUGGGCGGAUACCAUGAAGACGUGAUGAAAAAAGAACUGACGAAUGACUUCUGCUAUUCUACCAAUUGCAAUGUGAGACAAGUUUUCUAAAACAUAUACAGAAAGUAUGGAUCCCCGCCUCAGUGCCCAGGAUGUGAUCAGAUGUGAUCUUUGUGAGACAGCUAUUGUACAGAUGUACUGUGAUUUCUGUCAUGUCAACCUUUGUAAACCCUGUAUUGGAGAACACAUUGCUGAUGAAUAUGACAAACAUAAAAUUGUCCCAUUUCAACAUAGAAAAUCCACCUUGAUCUAUCCAAAGUGUGCAACACAUUCAUUCAAAUCAUGUGAUUUACAAUGCAAGGAAUGUAACUUUCCUGUUUGCUCCUUAUGCUCUGCAUCAGAACAGCAUAAAGGACACAAUUUAUUGAUCCUCGCAGAAAUAUACAAUUCCAAGAAAAAAGAUAUCGCAAAAGAUACAGAAGAAUUACAAAACAUUAUUUAUCCUACAUACAAAGAAAUCACAAACGAUCUAGAAACACAGAUGACUAACUUGGAUGGAGAAUAUGAGAAACUUACAACAGCAGUGACAGAAAAUGGAAAGCAAUGGCACAGAGAAAUUGACAAUGUCAUCAAUGCCAUGAAAAAAGAAAUUGAUGAUUUUAAAGUAAAACACUUUGACAUUAUGAAGAAACAUGCAGAAGAAGUGAAACAAAUACAGACUCUUAUUGAACAAACUCUGCUCAACCUGAAGGAAAUAGAAGAAUCAAAUGAAGUGUCCAUGACCUUGGAAUACAGCUCCAGAAACAAAGAAUUCAGCAAACUUCCUCCCAAAGUUAACGUAUCACUGCCCAUUUUUAAUGCUAAACCAGUAGAUAGAGAACAGCUGUACAAGUUGUUUGGAUCUCUUACACCAUUAUCUACUACAACAGAAGAAAAUGGCUACAAACUGAAGAAACCAGAAACAUUAAACAGAGAACUAUUAGAAGAACCAGAACUUAUCACUACUAUAGAAACUGGGUAUGAAGAACUCUGCAAUGUUACCUGUCUCAGUGAAGAAGAAAUCUGGACAUGUGGAAUAGUCAGUGAUAUGAAAUGCUUUAACAUUCAAGGCUCACAUAUCAAGACAAUAACAAAAGAAUCAGGGGGAUUUCCAAAUGAUAUAGCUGUGACAGGGGAUGGAGAUCUAGUGUACUGUGAUGGGAAGAAAGGGACUGUUAAUAAGAUUACAAAUGGAAAGACAGAGAGGAUAAUCAGACUACAGGACUGGAUACCUAACAAACUCUGUGUCACUUCCUCUGGGGACCUCCUGGUCACCAUGUUCAGUGAUGAUAAAACACAAUCCAAGGUUGUCCGUUACUCGGGCUCCACAGAGAAACAAACAAUCCAGUUUGAUGAGGAGGGUAAACCUCUGUAUUCAGAAAAUUACAAAAUGAAGUACAUAAGUGAGAACAGAAACCUGGAUAUAUGUGUGGCUGACAGUGGAGCUGCUGCUGUUGUAGUUGUCAACCAAGCUGGAAAACUCCGAUUUAGAUAUACUGGUCAUCUUUCUACUAUACAGAAGAAACUAUUUUUACCCUUUGGCAUCACAACAGACAGUCAGAGUCAGAUCCUGACAGCAGACACUGAUAACCACUGUAUCCACAUCCUAGACCAGGACGGACAGUUCCUCCGUUAUAUAGAUAACUGUGAUCUCAAGGGUCCAUUUGGAUUAUGUGUGAAUAAAAAUUAUUUGUUUGUUGCUGAAGAAACUAUGGAUCCCCACCUCAGUGCCCAGGAUGUGAUCAGAUGUGACGUUUGUGAGACAGCUGUAGUACACUGUGAUUUCUGUCAUGUCAAACUCUGUAAACCCUGUAUUGGAGAACAUAUUGCUGAUGAAUAUGACAAACAUAAAAUUGUCCCUUUCCAACAAAGAAAAUCCACCUUGAUUUAUCCAAAGUGUGCAACACAUCCAACCAAAUUAUGUGAUUUACAAUGCAAGGAAUGUAACUUUCCUGUUUGCUCCUUAUGUUCGGCAUCAGAACAGCAUAAAGGACACAAUUUCUUAGUCCUCGCAGAAAUAUACGACUCCAAGAAAAAAGAUAUCGCAAAAGAUACAGAGGAAUUACAAAACAUUAUUUUUCCUAAAUACAAAGAAAUCACAACCGAUAUAGAGACACAGAUGACUAGCUUGGAUGGAGAAUAUGAGAAACUUACAACAGCCGUGACAGAACAUGGAAAACAAUGGCACAAAGAAAUUGACAAUGUCGUCAAUGCAAUAAAAAAGGAAAUUGAUGAUUUUAAAGUAAAACAUUUUGACAUUAUGAAGAAACAUGCAGAUGAAGUGAAACAAAUACAGACUCUUAUUGAACAAACUCUGCUCAACCUGAGGGAAAUGGAAGAAUCAAAUGAAGUGUCCAUGACCAUGGGUUACAGCUCCAGAAACAAAGAAUUCAGUAAACUUCCUCCACAAGUGAAAGUAUCAUGGCCCAUUUUUAAAGCUAAACCAGUAGAUAGCGAACAGAUGAACAAGUUUGUUGGAUCUCUUGCACCAUUAUCUAAUACAACCGAAGAAAAUGGCUACAAGCUAAAAAAACCCAGAGAGAUACUAACUAGAGAAUUGCUAGAAGAACCAGAACUUAUCACUACUAUAGAUACUGGGUAUGAAAAACUAUACAGUGUUAGAUGCCUCAAUGGAGAGGAAAUCUGGACAAGUGGAAGAGUCAGUGAUAUGAAAUGCUUUAACAUUCAAGGCUCACUCAUCAAGACAAUUACUAAAGAAUCAGGGGGAGCACCCAAUGAUAUAGCCGUGACAGGGGAUGGAGAUCUAGUAUACACUGAUGGGAAGAAAGGGACUAUUAAUAAGGUUACGAAUGGAAAGACAGAGAAGAUGAUCACACUACAGGACUGGACACCUUCACAACUCUGUGACACCUCCUCUGGUGAUCUCCUGGUUACCCUGUUCAGUGAUGAUGAAACACAAUCCAAAGUUGUCCGUUACUCGGGCUCGACAGAGAAACAAACAAUCCAGUUUGAUGAGGAGGAUAAACCUCUGUAUUCAGCAAAUACGAAAAUGAAGUACAUAAGUGAGAACAGAAACCUAUAUAUCUGUGUGGCUGACAAAGAAGCUGGUGCUGUUGUAGUUGUCAACCAAGCUGGAAAACUCCGAUUUAGAUACACUGGUCAUCUUCCUACUUUAAAGAAUAAACCAUUUAAACCUUAUGGCAUCACAACAGACAGCCAGAGUCAGAUCCUGACAGCAGACUGUGAUAACCACUGUAUCCACAUCCUAGACCAGGACGGACAGUUCCUCCGUUAUAUAGAUAACUGUGGUCUGAAGGAUCCAUGGGGAUUAUGCGUAAAUAAAAACUAUUUGUUUGUUGCUGAAUGGGGAGGAAAGUUAAAGAAAAUUAAAUACCUUAAAUAGAGAUACAGUGUAUACUAUGUAUAUACUUCAACUUGUGAAAAGGUGGUCAUAAUGGGUCUAUUUGUAUACAUGUAUAAAUUUGAAAUAUUUCAUUUUGUAAGAUAACAUUUCAUUGUAAACGAUAUUGUUUUCUUCAAGUUUCCAGAAGAUGAGAUG